AUGCGGAUUCCCUUACUGCUAAACCCCAUCAAGUGCGGCGACUACCAUGACUAUCAUGAUGAUGACCGCACUUCAGAGAGCCCGACGCCUGCCCCGGCCCCGCGGCCGAUUGUUCCAUACACAGCUGGCAAUAAGAGGCAGAAGAUCCCCAAGGAUGCCGCCAUCUUCACGGAGGGAGCCAAGGUCAAUGGACCGGUCAACUAUCCCCCGUACGAGUACAUGGAUGACAAAGAGCUUCAGGCUCAGCAUCGCAAGUUCCAGAUAUACCCGAAUGGCAAUAUCAGACAGAAGGGGCCGCGCCGCAUUCCUUAUAACAGUGACAAGAAGGACUUCAUGAACAAGACUGGGCGAGACGCCUUCGAAGUGUUUCAGUACCAGUUCAGGGUGCCUGGUGAUGAGAAAGACUACAUCCUGCUAUGGGAUUACCAGGUCGGUCUUGUUCGCAUGACUGCCCUCUUCAAGUGCUGCAAAUAUUCCAAGACAACACCGGCAAAAGCUCUCAGCUUGAACCCUGGCCUACGAGAGAUCUCUUAUAGCAUCACUGGUGGCGCACUGGCAGCACAAGGCUACUGGUUGCCUUACGAAGCCGCGAAAGCGAUUGCCGCCACAUUCUGCUACAACAUACGGCACGCUUUAACCCCCGUCUUCGGAUACGAGUUCCUGUCCAUGUGCAUCCACCCCAAAGACCCCACGUUUGGCAAAUUCGUAAUCAACCCAGAGAUUGUCAAAUUCUGCGCGGAGGAUUGCAAGCAGUGGAAGAAGAAAUUGAGUUCAGGCAGGAAUCCAGCAAUGAGUUCCAGUCCCGACAUGAUGGGCCCCCGAACUCCACACCUGAAGUUCUCCUUCCCACCCUGGGGUGCAAAGAGUACUAGGGCACGGCAUCUGAAGCUUGCGGAUACAGAUAGCGAGUACGGGACUGAUGAGGACAUCAGCGAAAAGGGUCUCUUCUCGCCCGAGAUCUCACCCCGCAGUACCACAUGGACAACGGUCAAUCGAUCACAAUCCCCUCAAACGUUACCUACAUACAGCCCUCCUCAGCAUUGGGCCACAUCCUGUCCCAUCGGAUACAGCGACGAAGACUUUAGAGCUAAACGUACAUUCUCAAAAGUCACAUAUGGAGAGGACAGCCAGGCACCAUUCACAGCCUCCGCCUUCGAGAUGGAUCUCGUAUCCGACUCGGGGUCGUCUCUUCCAGAGAGGCGUCACUGUGAACACGACCUUGACGCAGCGGAGAUCCUUCUCCAGUUGAGCUCGGGAGACGAGAACAUGAUACACCGUCGCAAGAGACUUCGUCGGGGCCCUGGGUCCUGA